AGGUUGUGUGUGUAUUCCGGAGCGUUGUGUGUUGUGUGUUGCUGUUGCUGUUGUGUUCGGGCUCCUUGUAGUACCGCUGGUGAUGUCAAGUUCAUGGCGAUCUUAACCAAUUUCUGAAUGUUUCAUAACUUAUUACCGGAAGUGAUACCGUAGCGUUUCGUUUUCUGUACAGCCUGAUCAUCUGUAAUGUGUCCGUAAAGUUACCUCCGGCGAUCGCUCCAGCUAUCUCACGUCCCUCUUUGUGAUAAUACCUUUUCCAAGCUCGGAUCAAAAUGUCGGGACAGAAUUGUCAAUGGGUCCGAAAAUCCUCCCCCUCAUCGAAACAGGGGCCAAUGAAAGCCACUUUGCCUAUGUCUUCAUUAACGAGACAAAAUAGCAAUUUACGGAAUAGUAAUAAUAGCAGUCCAACCUCGUCUCCAACUUCAGGUUGGAAAUCUCGAUUCUCUCCCACUGAUUCUGUCUUGUCAGGGGUUAGGAGUCCUGGAGCAGUUACUCACUCAAGCAAAUGUAAAACUCUCAGUGGACACUAUAAUGAUCCCCUAGGUGGUGUAAGUGCUAUCAGACGGACAGCCUCGUUUGAUACAAUCUAUUUGAAAGGACAGUGGCCACGAGAUAGCCUGUUUCCCUGUCCAGGACAACUAUGUUUGGAUAAAGCUAUUCAGACUGAUGACUGUUCCCUUUCUCCUGACAGUAUCAAGAGUCGAUCUCAGCAAAGCUUAGCGUUAGACACGAGCAAAAAUGAAGAUAAACUAGAAAAGUAUAUCCGACACAGGCUCGAGCGUUCGGGCAAAGAAGGUUGUAAUAGUAGGAUUUCAGCAAGUAGCCAGCGAGAAAGAACUGCUGCAUUUGGUUUGAUUCUACGCUCUAAUUCGCCACGCGGAUUUGCCGUCGAACAUGGAUCACAAACUCGAUCUCCAACAUCACCAUUGUCCAUCGGUGCUGUUAAUAUUCCUCUAAGCGAUGCUUCAACUCAAAGUUCAAGGCAGCCCAUGCGAAGCUCAGUUGAGGGUCUGAACCAGGAGAUCGAAAGACUAGUGUUGAAAGCUACCUCAUCUUUGGGAACAGCAGACUCAGUCAGGAGUGAUGAGAAGGGUGGUACUCCUGAAGGUCAUAGAGCUCCUUUGGCUGACCUACUGAGACAUACGACACGCUCAGUUAAUACACAGACUCCUAGUGCCUUUUCAACGACACCACUAUCUUCACCUCUGUUUGACCGAUCUCGUCCUUCCAGUGACUUACUCCUGAGCGGAGAGUCGUCUCCAGAUCAUGAGCCUGGAAAAUUUGGUGCAUCUCCAAGGAUCAAUAAGUUCUUAGCCCGAGAACCUCCAGAUGGCUGUGAAAAAGUUAGUUUGAAGUUUUUGGAAGACAAUAGGAAACCUAUGCUAGAUUUGAGUCUCAUGGAUUACUGCCCAAUCAAACCGUGUGUCAAUUUUACACUGAAGCCUAGUCUAGGCUCAGCUUUUUACCCUCUACCUCGCCCUUCGCAGUCACCACCUUUAGACCAGCAACAAGAGCCCUCUGAAGUAUGAACCCUGUACAAUGUGAUACUUCAAGUUCUAAAAUUGGAUACAAGUACAAUUUAGAGGUGUUGCAUAAAUUCGCUGCAGUUUUCGUACUUAUCGUUAGCAAGCUUUACCAGAUGGUCAAAUCACGGUCCUCAUCAGGUACUUCUUUAUAGUCUCUAUAAUUGUGUCCCAAAAUUCUCUGAUAAGUGAUAGGGGACCGUUGCUCUUACCAAAAUUGUGGACUUAUUUUCAACUCUCUACUCAGAGAGUCUGUAGAAAAAGUAGCUUUGCUGGUUGUAAAUUCCAGAAAAUCCACUCUCUUUUGACCUGUGCCAAUCGUCUCUCUCCGCCCGUUAUUUCCUAUUAUGAAGUUUUUCAGAAUUCAAGACACAUAAAUUUAAAAUUAAAGGAGCUUGGUUUAUCUCCUUACGUUUGUGUGCUUUGAACACUCGGAAAGAUUGUCUUGGUUCCAAAAAUACCUCCAGAAAUUUUCCUACCGCUUUGAUAAUUUAAUUUACUUUGAUUAAUGAAAGAUGCAUUGAAGUUCAGUGCUAAACAGAAAUUUGAUGGCUGAUAAUGAGCUUCAUAACCAUGUUUCUCAAAUAGAACGUUUGGUAAUUUCUAGCAUACGUUACAACGUGAAUUUCAUUUUUUUUUAAUAUUUUUUUUAUUUGAAAGAGUUCUUCUCCCAGUCAUAAAAUUUAAUCUUGAAAUGGGCAGAGUUGAAGUUGAAGAUUUAUCAGGUAGGUAAAGCAAGUGUUAUUUUAUUUAUUUAUUUUUUUUAGAGAGCUGGAACUCAAUGGCUCAGUUAAGCUACUGAUCUCUUAGAAGACUGGAUUAUUAUUAUUAUAUAUUUUUAAUAGUUAUAUAUUAAUACGUUUUUGCCACUUGCAAAAUGAAUCGUAGUUUUUUGUCAAUUCCUUAAACGCGAGAAGUUUGCACUUCUUACGAUUAUUCAACGAUAAAGAGCCUUCUUACCUUGUGUACAAUAAACCUUUCCGUGAGCAAACUGCUCACAUGGCACUUUGUUCAACGACAAAAGUGUUUAAUUCAUGCUCAAUGUGUAAUUAUUUCAGGUGGUAAUCUUUCCCACUUGUUCAAACGUCAAUGCUGGAAGUUGUAGUGCGUUUAUUUUAGAACCAUGUUUUGAUGGGGUUGGAUCUGAUGUGUGAAUGAAACAUCACAGUCUUGGUUAGGAUGUCAAGUUCCUGUACCAGUAUGAGGCAAGAUAUGACCCUUUUAUUGAUGCAUUACAUGAUGCCAUUCACUACAAUAGGACCACGGUUUACCAUGGUUUCCCUUGUCUUGGUCUCAUCCAUGAUCCAAUUACACUGAAAAAGUGGUCUGCAUCAGACAAGACGGGCAGGUAAAUUGACAUUACAUAACUUUUUUGUGUUUUUAAAUCUGUCAGUUUAAGGCCACACUAUACCUUCGUAUGUGUCUCGGCUCUAAACUGGCAGGUGUGGGCCUCAAAAAAGUCAGGUAACGCUAAUUGACCUCUCUAUCACAAACUCGUUUUUUUCUGUAGAAAGUAACUGGAGUUAAUAUUGUUAAUACCUAUUAAGUGGUACCAAUGGUGAUUAAAACCAUGGUUAGUAAUCAUUUUCAUAUUGUAUGAAAAAACUCAUACUUCCAACAGAUUUUACUUUUCUUUGCACAAUCCAAUUCUGCCAUCAAAACAUGAUUCUCUGAUGCGUGUAACAAAUUCUUUCAGUGGUUUCCAAGUGUGGUAAUGCUUGGGCGAUCAUUUCGAAUAGAUUUUUGAAAUAAUACUUAGUGUACAGUUGAUGAGUGAUCCUCUCUUACAUUGUAGGUAUAUUGAAGUGUCAGGAGUAAGUUAAGGUCAGAUCUUAAUUUUUAUUUUUUAUACUCUAUUCUGUCAUUUUCUAUUUUUAUGAAUGUGGUUUUUAGUGUUUUUAUUUUUCUGAUGUUAAUUUGAUUGCCUAGAGUAACUCUUAUUUCCGAUUGUACAGUUAAUCUUGAACGUAAAGCGACCCGGUUAAUAACGAUUUCAAGUUUUAGAGCAAAAAUUUAAGUUUUAGAAAGUCUCCAACGUGUUUUUGCAUUAUCAAGACUUACAACCUUCAUUUUAGUUCUCAUUUACACUCAUCUUUUUGUUAUGCUGCUUUGACAGCCAAAAAACAAGAAAUAUCGACAGUAAAACUCUGAAAUCACGUAUGUAACUUGAUUUGCAAUGUUGUAGACCUCCUGGCUUACUUUAUCCUUCAAAUGGAAAACUACUCAAUGUCAUAUUUUCAAACUUUUCGUGAUUUUUCCUCGCAGAGUGAAGCAUAUUCUGGGAAAAUUUUAAGCAAUCAUUUUGAGUCGUUCUUCUUCAAAAAAAUAAAAUUAGAACAGAGAUUUUAAAAUGCCGCAAACAAGGUACGUGGUUUAGGAGUUGCAGCGUCGUUAUACAGCAGAUACAGUUAAAACUUGAGAAAGGUUUCAGUCCAAAAAAAUGUAUCUAAACUGUGUUGUUAAAAACUAUUUAUCUACAUAUUAUUUUUACUAAAAAAAUAAACCUCAUGUUAUUGUCCUAAUUUUUGGAAAGUGCUGAUGAAUAAGCUUCUAAAGGUUAGACUAAUUUGUUAGUAAUGAUAUUGAUCUCAAUGCCUGUGAAAAAAUUAAAUAAGAGAAGGUCUAAAAUUUUUAAGAAAAUAAUUUUUAUGCAGGUCUGAGUUUUUAGCCACAGCAGCCUUUGGUUUACUGAAAUGGCCAUUUGUGUGUCUCUUGAGAAAUAUUUCCAUUGGAGUCCAAGCCUAUCUUCUCUUUCCGUACUGAUUUUUCGAUUUUCUGUGCGUGUGUCAUUUUCUCACAAGUCUGAUCUCAUUUGUACUACUGCAAAGAUGGUGCGAUCCUAAGGCUCCCCAAUAAGUAGUUGAAGGAGGCAAAGUACACAUAAAAUGGAUGUUCAAUACUGAAAAAUGCAGAUAUUCCAAAGGCAGGACAUUUUAAGAGUAUAACAACUCUAUUUUUAACUGGAUAAAGUAAAGAAAAUAUACAAAGGUACAAAAACUAAAGCCUACCUAUCACAGUUUGGUGGUACUGAAAGCAAGCUUAAAUGUUUUCAAAACCAAGAGUAAAAUGUAGAGGUUCUGCCUCAGUAGAUCUUGGGUGGCGAAUCUUAAUAACUCUCAGGUGACUAAACUCUGGAGAGCUAAAAGUCCUUGUGAAACGAGUGGUAUGCUACACUCAAACCAUUUAAUUCCACUGUAUUAUAGUUACAAAAUGAAUUAUCUGCAACAUCAAUUGACUAUAAUCAUGAUCUCUGGUAUCAAUAUACACUCUUUUUCAAGCCAUGGAACUCAGUCAUUUUUUAAGCUUUGGUCAUUUAUUUGUUGUGUUAGCCUGCUUGUCAUAUUUCAGGUAAUAGUGUUGUUUUCACAGUAAGUAACAAAAAUAUGCACCUUAUGAGUUAUAAUAUUAUAAAAAAAUUCAAGGAAUCUUUUCUUAAGAAAUUUUAUUAAGAUAGUUCAUUGGGGUCCUUAUCGUUUAUUAAAGAAUUUGCAAAAGCUUUGCUGUAUCACAAAAGAGUCAUGACUUAUUCUGCUUUGCGAAGAGUAAACACUGUAUGAAAAUUCGAAGGUUGCUAGAUGUCUCAUGAUAAAAUAUUUAUUUACAAGAGUAUGUAUGAAUUUCUUUCCUUAAAAAUUUUAGAUACUUUAGAUUUAACUGGGGAUAAAAUCCUCUAAAAAAUUGGAAGAAAAAUAUUCACAAGUCUGCCUAUAAGUUCGUAUUUAUCAAGGAAAACAUGGCAGCGCUUGAAGGUUCAUAUGGUGCUCUUGCUUAGCACGACAGUAUUUUUGUUAAACUACUUCAUCAUCCUAAUUUCCUUUGUCCAAUACCUGAGUGUUUACCAAAGUCAAGCUUUUCAUUUCCAAAUAAACUCUGUAUCAAAGUCAUUUCCUAGCUAAAAUGUGAUUCAAUGUAGUCAUACCCGUGCUGUUUUUAGUGCCAUCAAAAAACAUGGUGUUUUUGUGGAAAGAAAAGCUACUCAAUAUUGUCAAGAUAGGAUGCCUUUUUUCUCACCAGUACUCUUCUUCUCUUAAUUGCUGAACGUAUGCAAAUUUUAUUUACCCGUUGGAACCAGAUUUUUGUCCAAAAAAUCAAAAUUAUAUUUUAUUUUAUGUCAGAUCUUCCAUGUUCAGUACCAUACAUUCAACAUCAGCAUUACGGCACGGGCCAAUUAUAACUUAUUCACAAAAAUCAGGUACAAAAAGUUGUCUCCUGCUCCAAAAGUGGAUUUCGGGAAAUCCUGUUUAUCUAUUACUCUAUGGCUAGAGUGGUUACUUGUGGAAAAACCACAUCUAUCGGAUCGAUGACCUGCCAUCUUGGGAGACAAAAUUUGUGUCUGAUUGGUAAAUAAAAUUAGCUUGUAUUAUAUACCUGCCUCCCUUCAGCUCUUGAAUUGCUAAGCUGAGAAAAAAUUAGGAGAAUGAGGAUAUUGUUCUCUUUAUGGGAGCCCAGGAUCAGCCUAUACUCAUAAAUUAAUUUACUGAAGAUUUACUUUCGUUCUGACAGUAUAGAAAUGAGCGAAGGUUUUUCUAACUCAAUUAUCUUCACACAUUUGAAUAAAGUGUCAAUGAUUUUAUUAUUUUUAUAAUGAAUAAUGUAGCAUAUACAUCAUAAUAUGUAACAAAAUUAAUUAAAAAAAAAUUAGCAGGUUGCCUUGACAUGCAUUGUUUGACAAUUAUUCACUCAAAAUUGGAAUUUUUAUGAGUAUUGAGCCCAUGAAAGCAUGUUUGUCAAGGCAAACUGAAUUUUUUUCAUUUUACUUUAAUUAAUUAAUGUAGUUAAUAUUUUUAAUUCUUAACAUUCCCUUAAAGUAUUUAAAUUACGUACACCUUUCAUCGCCGUGCUACGUAAGUGCAAUGAUAUAGAUUCAAAAGAACCGAGUUCAUUUCAAUGGUCGCUGUAAGGAUGCAAUGGUCGAUGGUCGUUCUUUGAUAAACUAUGGACUUAACUGUACCCCUGCCAACGAUGAAUUUUUUCUCUCACUAUUUGCAGUAUUAUUUAAAAACAAUCAGUUUUUUUUUUU